AUGGUAACAACUUUAACGAAAAAAGGUUAUGUUACAAUCAAUAACCCUGAAAAUUUUAAAAUUUAUUAUGAAAUACAUGGAAAAGAAGGAAAAGAAACUAAUAAAUUGUUAUUUAUUAUGGGAUUAUUUAAUACUACAUUAAGUUGGAAACCACAAACAGAAUAUUUUGGUAACCACCCUGAUUACCAACUUUGCGUUUUUGAUAAUCGUGGUGUUGGAUGGUCAGAUGCACCCUUUGGAUUAUACAGUACAAGUCAAAUGGCCCAAGAUGUAGUUAAAUUAUUAGAACAUUUAGAUUGGACAGAAAAUAUCCAUGUAAUUGGUAUUUCAAUGGGUGGAAUGAUUGCUCAAGAAUUAGCUUUAGCUAAACCUCAUUAUAUAAAAUCUUUAUGUUUAACUUCAACUUCUCCUGGUAGAAGUUUAACGCCUGAAUUUUUAGCAACUCCUGCUCCUGAAGGUUCACCUCAUAAAACUUAUGAAGAUAUUUUCACUGAGAAUUUCCUUGAUCGAAUUAGCAAAACUCGUAAGCAACCAAUAAAAGCUGCAUGUCUCCGUCAUUAUGUUUCUCCCAGUAAACUUGAACAAAUCAAGAAUAAUAUCUCACAUAUCCUAGUGGCAACAGGUACAUGGGAUAACCUUGUUAAACCUCAAAAUAGUUUUUAUUUGGCUAAACAUUUGGGUGUUGAUGUAAAAUGCUGGGAAGGUAGUGGGCAUGUAUUGAGUAAUGAACAACCUAAAAAAUAUAAUGAAAUGCUAGAAAAACAUUUCAGAAAUGCUUGUGAAAUGAGAGAUAAUGAUGAAGUUGUUAAAUGA